AUGGAGGGAGCUAUGCACCCCCCCCUGGAAGCUGUCUUCUGGAAAAACUUCUUCAGGAGAGGCAUCCACCCCCCAAAUGGACAGGUCCAAAGCGACUCCUUUGUGGACAUUAAACAACCCGGUACUAUACAAUUGAAAAAUAUCCACAUUAAUAACUACACCAUCGAUGGAGACCUCCCAUUGGACGCCUUCCACUGUGCCCACCUGGGGAAAGAUGUGGUCAUCCAGAAGGGGAACGAAACAUACCAGGGGAACUUUAAAAGUAGAAAUGUGGAUGGGGUUGGAAAAAUAAUUUCGCAGCAGUUUGUGUACGAAGGGCACAUACGAAAUGGUAAGAAGUGGGGUCAGGGAAAAGGCACUUUCUUUUUUUCUCCUUCCGCUCGUGAUGCUAAAUUAGGCUUAGUGGAUUCUCACCCAAACCUUGUGGAUGCUCAAUCAGGGCUAGUCAUCUAUAAGGGAGACUGGAAAGGGAACAAGCGUAACGGCUACGGAGUUCUGUUAAUAAGGCAACAUGUGAAUCAGCCCAGUGUGAAGACGUACGAAGGCUGGUGGAAACAAAACGAGAGGCACUUCUACGGUAUCCAACGCUACGCCAAUGCCGUUUACUGUGGCUUCUGGGCGAGGAACCAAAAGUGCGGGUUUGGGAAAAUGUGGUGGUUUGAGAAAGGAAGGGGAAGCAAAGGAGGGGGAAACAAAAUGGAAAACCCUGAACAAUGGGACAUCACCUCCGGGAGGACUUCCCCCCCAAAAAUGAAGACACUCAAGAACGUCGUACAAAACGCAUACGUCGGGGAGUGGCAAAAUGACGAAAUGCACGGGUACGGAACGUACUUCUGGUUCGUGAGACAUGCAGAUAGGAAGAGCACCACUUACCAAAGUGAAGGCUACGAUAAGUAUGAAGGCUAUUGGCAAAGGGGGGAAAGAAAUGGGUUCGGAAUUUUCCAUCACAGAUGUGGAGAUACCUAUUGGGGUUCUUGGAAAGACAACAGAAAACAUGGACAAGGAUAUCUUCUCAAAAUAAAUGGCAUAAUUUGCAAAUGUAACUACCUCAAUGGGGAACUCACAGAUCAGAUAGACCUCAACCAGACAUACAUAAUGAAUCAGUUGUAUACGAAUUCCAUUUGCAACAUCGUCAACCUGGGGCCUCUUCUCCAGGAAGACUCCAGCUUAACUAACAGGGAUGUCAAGCAGUUUUACAAAAUUGUGUAUGACCAUUUUGACCUCCUAAUAAAGGUGUAUGAUCUGUACUGGCGAAAGGGGGGGAGGGACAGCAGAAGGAUUAGCAAGGAGGAGGCUUCUACGUCUUAUUCUUCUUUUUCUUCUUCUUCCCACCCCCUCGGGAGCUUCAAACUGAAGAACCUCUGGCACAUGUUCUACGAUGCAAACAUUAUCCACAGCAGCUUCCCCCUUAGCUCGCUAAACAGGUUAGUAAAAGACGACAUGUCCAUGGGUGAACACAUCGAUUUGGUGAGUCUCCUUUGUGAUAAUUGGAACUGUGUGGGUGAGGCUACACUCCUGAAUGAGGAAGAAAUGGUCAAGAGCUUCUUCCAAUGCGGUCACUUAUCAACCGAGCCGUUUCUCUUUGCACCUCCAACAGGGGUACACAGCCAUGAGGCAACCAAUCAGGGGAAUCAUAACCAGAAUGUUAAUGGAAUCAGUCUUGGUGAGGGUACCAGAUUGGCUCUAAGUAGCAAUCACAUCGAUGGAAAAACUUCUCAGACUGAUGAUACACCAGGGGAGGCAGUCCAUCCCGUCAGCAUCCCGCCAUACGAAACACACGACCCCAUGGCGCACAUCCUUUUCAACAAAGAUCUCUUUCUGGUGAGAUGCUUUGCAAAGUUUUACAAAAACCAGUGGAAGAAGCAGUGGUGUUAUAAUAUGAAGGGAGCAAAACUCAUGUUAAAAAAGAUAUGGCUCUUUCUUUUUACAAAUAGAAGCAGACACAACAACGGCUAUCUGUUCUACGUCCUGUUUAGUGUGUUCCACUCUGCCUUCCCCGUGUGGUAUGCAUCAUCGCGCAUGAGUGGGGCGUGGGCCGUUGCCCACCCAGGACGGGCAAAACGGAAUGGCAAUAGUGGCAGCCAUCGAAGUGGUGACUCGUGUGAUCAUUCCAGUCGGAGUCCCCACUUGAACAAACACCUCGCCCUGCUAAACCUAGGCAGAUAUAACAUUCACGAUGAGAGGAGGAAAAUCUCCUUUAACUCUUUCGUGUAUACAUUGGUACGCGUGUCGUUGCACCUGCGCGAUCUUCGAGGCGAGCACCAGACGCGCGUCAUGGUCAGCCUACUUAAUGCGCUGAAAGGGUGUAUGCGCAGGAACGACGGCCAGAAACCGCACCCCCAGAGCGGUAACAUCAGAUGGGGUUUAAAGAAGGGGAAGGGAAGAACGAAGCGGAAUCGAAGCAACCAAGUGGGGUGGAAGCGGCCUUCCAACAAGUGUGAACAAAAGGGAGAUGUGGAGAAGUGGGCCGAAAAUGGGAGAAAGGCUAGCGCUGAGAACCGCGAAAAUGGCGUGUAUCUCAAGAAAUACAGACAUCCCCCUCGUCGCCAAGGAUUUAGCCCCGGUGAACCGGGCGAAACGCGCCAGAGGAGAGGAAAUUUCCACGAAAAAAAGGAAAAAAAAGUGAAAAAAAUGAAGAACGUGAAGAAAGCCGCGAAAAGGGGGAACGCCUUGCCCAGCUGCGCCAUCUUCUGGCACCAUGGCGCACUGCCAAUCAAACCGGAAGGAGAAAAAAAAAACGGUUGCCCCCCGAGCGGCAAAGAAACCCUUACCGUAUUAGUGAACAUCCUAGACAACUUCGUCUACUACUUCAUUUUUUACUUCCUGCUUUUCAACUCAACGGAAAAGCGUCUUUCACUCCUCAGCGCAAAAUUAAAUGUGUCCCUGCGGCUGGGGGAUGUCCUAAAAUUUUUACUGAACUUGAAGCUAACAAGGAAGGAUGAUACGACGGUGAGGGAUGCAAAAAAUAUCAACUUGGAGCCGCACCACCACUACGAUGACUACCGCCCGGUCGGCAGCGGGCGAAAAAAAAUUAAGGCGAAAAAGUGGAAACCGCUCCACAUCCUGAAUUGCGCAGAUAAAAGGGAAGAAAAAGAAGGGACAACACUCCCGAAGCGGCAGACGAAUAAUAACGACUCUAGUGAGGAGGGACAUAGAAAGCCAACCGAAAAGAGGAAUAGCUACAUUGCACACACAGCUAGCCAUUUACAACGUAUGCGCAAGGAAAAAAAAAAAAAAAAGAAAGAAAAGAAAUUUCACCUGAACCAUUCAGGCAAACAUGAUGGGAGGAAGAAGAAAGUGUUAAAAAAAUUCUCGCGUAUGUACUGCUUAUCCUUCGUCCAAGUGUUAGCAAUCUUUUCGAAAACGUUAAACACGCCAAACUUGCAUUUAACAAAUGAGUCUAACUUGCAAUUGUGUCUCUCCCGGCGAAACAAAAGGGAAAAAAUUGACAAACACCGCUUGCAAAAUAAUGCGGUACGCUACAUUGUCUUAUUAAACGAGGAGAAAAAAAAAAUUCUGAACAAGUUUGCCACAUGCGCAAAGCGGGAAAGUUAUUCAAAGGAACUUCUCCCCAGUGGGGGAAAUGGCGAGACAAAGGAAGAAUCACCCUGCCCUGUGCACACCAAGGGGUAUAAGAACAAACUGCUGAACGAAAUGAGCGAACAGGUGAAACAACUUGAAGUGGAAAAUUUUGAACAAGUCGCAGACGAUUCUUCCCCCAGUGUGCAACUUGAAAAGGAAAAGAAAAGAAACAAAAGAGGAGGGAAAAAAGAUGAAAAGAAAGGCCCAAAGGGAAUCCAUCCGGAUGUGGAGGAGUGCCCCCAGGUGAUGCCGCAUGAGGGGGGACACGCACAUGUGCGCAUAAAACGAAAGAGUCAAGUUGGAGUGGCACUGCAUCUAUUGAGGAAGCGGUUCGCUCACUCCCGGAAGAACUACAUGAACGUCCUCGAUUACUACAACUUGUGCGUAACACCCUUCGAAUUGGGUUUGUUUUUUUUAAGAUUCGUUCGAGUGGUAAAGCGCAAAAGGGGCAUCAAGAGUCCGUACAGCGACGUGCUCUUCUUUUUCGUUUUCCACGUUUUGCUCCGCAGGACCUUCCGACUGGCGCGGUGGGCGGGCGCUAAAAAAAGAAAAGAAUAA